GCCUCCUUGCAAUUUGCCACUGGGGUUUUGCAGUCUCCUGAUUUCCUCUUGCCCCCCAAGGAGCCAGCAGGGGCAAUCUCCUUUGUAGUUUCAGGAGCAGGUCUGUUGCCCUGAAGAUUGCAUUCUGAGCUGAGGAGUAUAAAGGUAACCACUUGUUUUUCCUUUCAAAGAUCUGCCCCAAAGAUAGGCUGCGGCUCUCCUGGAAAGCCUGAUAGGUAGGAUUCCUUCAGGGGCUCAGCCCAAAGUGCUUCCUCCCAUCCCCUCUCCAACUUCCAAGCCAAAGCUUGCCAAGAACCUCUGGAAGGAAACCUGCUGGAUUCUAGCAUUUCGCACAAAUGGCUAAUCCUGGAGGUGGUGCUGUUUGCAACGGGAAUCUGCACAAUCACGAGAAACAGAGCGACGGCUCAGCCAGUGGAAACUGCGCGAAGAAUGGGAUAGUAAAAGAAGCCCAGCAAAAUGGGUGGCCACAUGUUUACGAUAAGCCACUUGUUGAAUCCUUUGAGGAAGCACCUCUUCAUGUGAUGGUUUUCACUUACUUGGGAUAUGGACUUGGAACCCUAUUUGGCUAUCUCAGAGACUUUUUGAGGAGCUGUGGAAUAGAAAAGUGUAAUGCAGCCAUAGAGCGAGAAGAACAAAAAGAUUUUGUGCCGCUUUAUCAAAACUUUGAGAAUUUUUACACGCGGAACCUGUACAUGAGAAUCAGAGACAACUGGAACCGGCCCAUCUGCAGUGCCCCGGGGUCUCGGUUCGAUGUGAUGGAGAGGGUGUCGGAUGACUACAACUGGACAUUUAGGUUCACUGGAAGAAUCAUCAAAGAUGUCAUCAACAUGGGCUCAUACAACUUUCUUGGCUUGGCUGCCAGUUACGAUGAAUCUAUGAGGACAGUAAAGGACGUUUUAGAGGAGUAUGGCUUGGGUGUGGCCAGCACCAGACAUGAAAUGGGAACCUUGGAUAAGCAUGAAGAAUUGGAGAACCUUGUGGCUAAGUUCCUGAAUGUAGAAGCAGCUAUGGUCUUUGGGAUGGGAUUUGCAACUAACUCAAUGAAUAUCCCUGCACUAGUCGGAAAGGGAUGCCUCAUUUUAAGUGAUGAGUUAAAUCAUGCAUCUCUUGUACUUGGGGCCCGACUCUCAGGUGCAACCAUAAGGAUCUUCAAACACAACAACAUGCAAAGCCUUGAGAAGCUCCUGAGAGAUGCUGUAAUCUACGGCCAGCCUCGAAUCCGCAGAGCCUGGAAGAAGAUUCUCAUCCUAGUGGAGGGCAUCUACAGCAUGGAAGGUUCCAUCGUGCAUCUGCCUCAGAUCGUGGCUCUAAAGAAGAAAUAUAAGGCUUACCUCUACAUAGACGAAGCUCACAGUAUUGGGUCCGUGGGCCCAACUGGCCGGGGUGUUGUAGAAUUCUUUGGACUGGACCCUCGAGAUGUUGAUGUGCUUAUGGGCACAUUCACCAAAAGCUUUGGAGCCUCAGGAGGUUACAUAGCUGGAAGGAAGGACCUUGUGGAUUAUUUACGAGUUCACUCACACAGUGCUGUUUAUGCUACAUCCAUGAGCCCCCCAAUAGCAGAGCAAAUCAUCAGAUCAAUGAAAUUUAUCAUGGGACUGGAUGGGACCACACAAGGGUUGCAGAGAGUACGGCAACUUGCAAAAAACACAAGAUACUUCAGACAGAGACUGAAUGAAAUGGGAUUCAUUAUCUAUGGCAAUGAGGAGUCUCCCGUCAUCCCUCUGCUCCUUUACAUGCCUGCUAAAGUAGCGGCUUUUGCAAGGCAUCUAUUAAAUAGAAAAAUCGGGGUGGUGGUCGUUGGAUUUCCAGCUACUCCCCUUGCAGAAGCUCGGGCUCGGUUUUGUGUUUCAGCAGCACAUACCCGGGAGAUGCUAGACACAGUUUUGGAAAACCUGGAUGAAAUGGGUGAUCUCCUACAACUGAAGUAUUCUCGGCACAGGAAGUCAGCGCGCCCCGAACUCUACGACGAGACAAGCUUUGAACUGGAUGAUUAAGUCUCCUGGUCCUGAAUUGCACCUAAAGACUUUGCCAGAAAACCCCCCCUUUUUGCCUCAAAAGGAAUAUAAAUGGAUUUCUCCCCCUUUCCUAAGGACAAUUUUGGUUUCCAAACCAGCUUAAUUGAACUGAAGGAAAUGUUGUGUUUUUAAUGUCUCCAGCUUGGGAUGGCAGAGACAAAAAUAUGGUUCCAGAUUUUAAAAAUUUUCUCCUUUCCCAGUAUCCUGCUACAAUACAUCACACACACACACACACACACACACACUUCCUAGAACAUUUUUAAUGGCAAUGAGCCUGUGUUUUCACUGCUACUGUGCAGACUCUCUGGUCCAGACUCUUUCAGGCAUUCCAACCAAAUGAGAGGGUUUUGAUUUUUAAUUCAGUAGAUCUCAUUAUGGGUGUAUUUAUUUCAUCUGCAGACGUGAGCAAGCGUGGUGGACAGGAGCUGACCUCCUUGUUUCACCCAUGAAUGCCCCCGCUAGAACUCUUCCGUAUCGUGGGGAGCUCCAGGCAGGAGGGUAAAGAAAUGUUGCUUCUACCAUUUGCCACAUUUGGACUUUUUCCAAGGACGAGUGUCAAAAGCCAUAGUUAAUGUUUGGAGGGAGAGAGCAGAACUGGCCAGCAGUGACUCCAGACGUCUUUGAAGGAAACGUUCCUUUUCCUCUUGCUGGUCUCCUACAGUUUUACAGCUGAGCUUUUGAGGUUUGGAAAACUCAAGACUUUUGUUUCAUAAGGAAGGGGGCAGAAAGCAAACACAAGCCAAUUGUAGGCUUAGAUUCAAGCUGUAAUGUUAUGACAACUGGAAGGUUGUUGGUGCCAUGUGAGUGAAUGUUUAGCUUGCAUACAUAACCCUUAUUACUUUAAAGAAUGAGUUAUCAUUUUCCUAUUAAAUUUUUAGUAAAUGGUGAGAUGUAGUUUCCUUUAGAGUUGACUCACAAGACUAUACUUGAAUGUAUUGAUCCAAAAAUGACAUUAAAAGCAAAUUCUAUUCAACUUUUUCAAGACUGACACCCCCAUUCAGGCCUAUUAAAUAGUCCUUACUGUCUGCUGGCACACACAAUCCAAUUUUGGUAUAAAAUGGGCUUACACACUAUUGAGCAAAGAACUGUAAUUUCCUUGAGUUCUCUCUGUCUCUCGCUCUCUCUCUUCCUCUGUCUGUCCGUCUCUCUUUCUAAAUGUGAACACGAAUUUAUCUGGAAUAGUACCAUUUUGCUAAUUGGUUCUUGUUGGUAUGGAAAAAGCCAGUGGAAAACCUUAUCUUUAACAAGCUCCCAUAUGGUUCCCAGAUUUGGAAACUCAAAAGAGCAGUGGUGACCUUUUAGCAAAGCUUCUAUACUAGUUCGAAUGAGUUACAGAACAUUCCACUCCAUCAAAUGACAGUAUAAACAAAUCACUUCAAGAGAGGCUUGACUUGUGACACAGAUGGACCCAAGCUUUCAUGCCGUACCCUGAGACAGAAGCCCAGCCAGGCACACUGGUGUUGGAGAGAGCAACACGCCUGCUGCUCACAACUGAUUAAAGGAUAAAGAUGAGCAGUGUGGAAAGCUGUUUAUGGGGAGAGUAUAACCCCUAUUAGGUAUAUCAGUUUAAAAGUAGAUCACAACAAUAAGGUUUCUUACACACAUUUGUAAGGAUCACUAUCAAUGGAAGAGGAGAGGAAGUGAGUUCUCACAAUGCAGUUUCCCCCUCCAGUGACUAAUUCUGGUAACUAAAUUCUAAUUCUUCCCAAUGCAUCAGUGCACAGUAACUAUGCAAAGAAAAUACAUGUGGUAUCCAUGUCCCCAAAAAGGUCUUUUCUCUUGAAAAUGUGCAUUUAAAUGAAAUUGAUUCUAGUUAGUUGUCCAAAAAUGCAUAAAUGUCUUCAGUCCUAUAAAAGGAACAGUAGACGAAGAGGACCUUACUGAGGUAUAGCAAGCAAUAAACCUCCCCUUCCGUUCUAGAUGUCCAUGAUCUUCAUAUACACCUUCACAACUACCCUUUGAAUUUUAAGCAUUUAGAGGGGUGUCUUUGUGAGCUGCUAUAUUCGCCCAUCUUUAUGACUUUUAUGGGGGAUCCCGAGUCUAACUCAUGAUAGGAAAAUAUUUAUUUAUCCACCUGGCCUGAAGAAUAAGGCGGGGGGCGGGCAUUACUACUGCUUCAUCAAGAUCCCAGAGUCUUAGGACAAUUUAUUACAUUCUCAUGUGCAAGAUUUAAAGAAAAAAAUGAAAAACUAUCUCUGUCAGAGGGAAUCACUCAGGAGAACAACUAUAAACCAAAUGCAAUGCUUCCUGAGACCAUUAGGAGAGACCCAGAUCUCAUAGGGCUGGUAAUAGAAGAGUAUAUGUCAUAUAUAGAAUGAGGUUGUUUAAGAGGGUGAUCAUGAGAAUUUUUACUUUUUACAAGAAAACACCUACUGCUAGGUUAUAAAACCACAAUUUUAAAUCAAUAGGGAUUAUUGAGUCUCAAUAAAUAUACCACAGUUCAAAAUGUCCCUUCGGUGAGUUCUGUUAAGAGAAUUUCCUAAGAAAACUCUGUUAUGUUCCCCAACCCUCCUCUCAUUCACGCACAAGCACAUAUGCACACGCAUGCACAGACACAUAUCCACGCUUUACCCUUCCUUUAAGAGCAAGCAAGAAUGUAAAGAUACACAGGUGAGACUCUGGCUGGUUGAUAGAUAGAUGGCAGAUGUUUUAAAAGUGGCCUUCAGUGAAACAGAAGAUAAAGGAUUCAGACUAAUAUUUGUAGGGAGGAUAUAUUUGCUUAACAGGGAAAUGGUGAGAUAUGUCCCUAAUCCCAUUAUGAAUUGUGUUAUCGUGGAUGUUCGAUUAUAUUGCCUUUCAGCUGUUUUGUUUUGACAGACACCAUGGGCUUGAGAAUUUGCUAGAAGCUUAUCAAAAUGCAGGUCCCUGGGACUGCAGCCAGACUUCCACUGAGUAAGAAUAGCUGUGGUGCCUAGAAAUUUACGUUUAGACAGCCUCGUCAGGUGCUUCUAAUCCAUGUCCUAAUUUGAGAACCAUUGUUGGAGCUUUUGUUUGCAUAGAUCAAUUGUCUCUAGCAAAAUAACAGAAAUUUUGUCCUCAUUCUCUGUUGAUAAUCAAGGGUGCUUAUACUACUGAAGUAAAGUGAAUUAUUCCAACCUUUUCUCCUCAGUGGGAUAUUUUCUUCCCAUUUUCCAGGUACCUUCUCUUUUUACAAAAUUGAAUAUUAAGAAUAAUCUGCCUCUGAUUAUUUACUUAUUCCAACAACAGCUCUCAAAUCGGGUGAAAGUUUUAACAGUUCUUCACACAUGCAGUGCUCCUCUGUAUUUUCUACAGAGAUAGCAAAUACUACAAAUGGCUUACUCUGACUUAAAAUUUUUGAUGAGGAAACCUUAAUUUCCUGUAUUUGGAUUUAUGGCAAUAAUAACAAUUAUACUUUGAACUUCUCUGGUGAUUUCAUGGCCAUUUUUCCUGGUCUCCAUAUAAACAACAUAUUUGAAGUCUGUUUUCUCAGAACACUUUAUGCAGCUGUGUAAUAUUUGGAAAUUAAAAGGCGACUGUAUUUUAAAA